CUGUAAAUAUAUAGAUGAAGAUGAAAGCAACUGUCCCAAAAGUAACGUUAUGGACCAUAAAUAGCAUAUUAGCCUUGGCAGGACUAGUGGUGAUGAAUAUAUACGUAUUAAGAACUUGUAAGCAAUGUGUAUUUUUCGGUCAUAUCCAAGAAGUUGAAAGAAUUUUCACUAGCGGUUCAAUGAUAUGGUGCAUGUUCAUCAUGUCGGGCUGUUUCGUGUCAUUUGGAACUGGCUUAGUUGUUUUAUUAGGAGAAUUUCGUAAAUUCAAAAAUGUAAGUAUGUCAUUUUUCAAUCAAUCAAGCAAUUUCCUGAUAUUGAGAGCUUCAUUGUUGUGGACGUUUUUGGCUGCAAUAGUUUCAGCUGUAGGUUUUUUCACAUGGUGCCAGUCAUUUAAAGUUAACAGUUGUUUUAAAAAUGCAAGUCAAGACUGGCAUGCCUUUACUCCCAAACAUUCAGACUGCUUUGGAGCAAGUGCUUGGCAAAUAUUGUUAAAUGUCUUUCUAUGGGGAAGUUUUCUCUUACAAAGCUUAAGUUGGUUUCAUUAUUUGUGAAAUGCAAUUCAUUCAAAGAGGACUUGUGGUGAAUACUGCUUGUACAUGUGACAGUGCCAGAUAAGUUUACACCAUUUUCAAGGAGUCGAUAUAUGCAUACUUCUCAAAACAAAGACUUUGUGAAAUGAAGAAACUAUGGAAAACCAUACUCAAAGAGAUUCAGUAACACACUUGGAAUAUUUUACCCUGAUGUUGCAUAUAUCUCAAUAAAUUAUUGUAGACAGCCAUUGUUAAUGAAGUUUAUUUAGUGGAAGAUUUGCACCUCAAGUUUAUAAAGAACAUCAAAGUUUAAGGCUCCUGUGCAAGAACCUUUCAAAGAUUUGCUCACACAAAAUUCACCAUCUCGAUUUUGAGCCAAUCCAAAAAGCAAGACUAGAGACAAGACUAGACAAGAGAUCAUUUGUAAAUCAAAAGAAAGGGUUGUUAUUGGGUGCAUGAGUGCCUUUGAGAGCUUCAUUUAAAGCCUUAUUCCUACAAAUAGAAUAACCAGUUACAG